UUGUCCGCACGAUUUCCCGCGUUCGUUCCGUCGCGCUAUCGCCGCCAAACCGCACGAUACCGUCGUCGCGUUUACACGAAAAAUUGUUUUCAAAUUUUGUCAACUAAUAAAAAUAGACACGUCGCAAUCGGAUCGUACCGUCCGUCGAAUCGAUCUCGCUCCACCGUUCGCCGGCAUCGGCACUCCGCUUUUCUGUUCCAGAAAAACAAAAUAUUUCCCUCGGCCCGUCGUGCAGUGACAUAAUAAUAUAAUACAGCGUGAUAGUGCCGUUACACGACUUAACUAUAUUGUCGACAAAUAUUGCCAUCGUCGCAGUCCGUUCCCGCGGGGUCCAGUCGUCCAGCCAUCUGCAGUAUUGCGACUGCUCCGGGCGAAGAAACAAUUAAUUAAACCACAAUGAUAAACCUCACACAUCACGUACACUGUCAAUGUUCGCUAUGCCAGUGGUCAUAAACGGUCCCAGCGGUCGUCGCGACGCGUGAAAACAGCUUACCAAACGUGUCGACGUGAUCGCACGUGCACGAUGAGGCCGUUCGUGGUUGGUGUUGGAUUGGCAUUACUGCUGGCCAUCGGGACGUUCCGUGGCGCCGUAUGUUCGCAAAACGGUGACGGGAAAAAAAAUUCAGUGCCGGAAACUGGAGGAAAACCCGUCGAAAAGCCUUUGGCUCCUAUGCGCGGUAUCUCCACUACUCUGCCACCGCGGAACACGACAAACUCGACCGCGGUAGUGGGUACUGCGACCACACCAGAAGUGUCGAACGCGACACAAAGCAGUGCACUGGACGACGCGCAACUCCAACGGACACUACUCAAACCAAAGUUUUUAACGGAAAACUCAUCGACCGUCGUCGCACAGACGGGAGCAUCCAGUCGGAUAUCCUGUCUUGUCGCCAACUUGGGCGACUGCGUGGUUUCCUGGAUUCGUAGACGAGACUAUCGACUACUCACCGUCGGACUAUCUACAUACACGGAAGAUUUGCGAUUUCAAUCUCUGCACCACGUUCAGACUGGGGAUUGGACACUGCAAAUAAAAUACGUUCAGUUACGAGAUGCCGGUUUGUACGAGUGUCAAAUAUCAUCACAUCCACCGAAAAGCAUUUUUAUCAAUUUAAAAGUUGUCGAGGCACAAGCCGAGAUAGCCGGUGCUUCCGAGAAGUAUCUGAUGUUGAAUAGUCCGCUACAUUUGGAAUGUGUUGUCCAGCAGAGCCCCGUGGACCCGGUUUAUAUAUUCUGGUACCAUGACAGCCGAAUGAUCAACUACGACAUCGACCGGGGCGUGAACGUCACGUCCGACUUACCUAACAAGCACAGCGCAUUGUAUAUUGAACGCGCGUCUCGCGCCCAUUCCGGUAACUACACGUGUGCACCGAGCAACGCGUUCCCUGCUAACACGGUCAUACAUAUUCUAAAUGGCGAGAACCCGGCGGCCAUGCAGCACGGACACGGACGGAGCCUGAACAUGCUUAGCUGUCCAUCCAUAUGGAUACUCAUACCGUCCUUAGUAAUGUUCAUCAACUUAAAUACAAAUUGAAAGCACAAUAUUAUCGGUGUGCGACUGGAGUAAACGCGUGCAAAACGAGAAACGCGAAAAAAAAAUAUUAAAAAAAAAAAAUAACAAUAAUAAUAAUUACGAUGACAGAUCAAGUGUGAAAUA